CUUGACAAUAAAUGUAGAUCAGGUAUAAGACUUUAAGCGGGAAAAUCAGCUGAGUUUCUCGAGUACAAUUAUGCAAUACAUUGCAUUUUCAAAUUACAAAUUUUGAGCCAGAACCCAGAACAAAAUCAAUGGAACAAAAUAAUUUUAAAAAUUCCGCCAUGUUUGGUAACGGUAACACGACUUUAUAUGAAGUCUUACAUGAAGUUAUCAAUUUUUCAUCACGAAGAUAAAAAAACUCAACAUGGCGGAUAGCAAGGAGUGAGAGAGAACACGGCCUACAUGUACAAUAAUUUCCAGAUAUUAACUUUAAAUAACAAAGAUGGAAACAAAUCAAGUUCUCGAGCUUUAUCCAGAAUAUUCUGUCUCGGUAACAUUAUUUCAUGUUACUAAUUUUUCUGAACUCAAAGAAAUGCUGAUUAAAGGAAAACUAGAAGCAGCAUUAGUAAAUGCUUCCAUGGUUCCAGACAUAUUCCCUGUGCUUCUCGCAGCUAACAAAGCUGUGCAUCUCAGUGAACAAGAAAAGAUGAAAACAAGAAGUGUUUACUCAGAAGUUGUUUUUAAUUUGUCUCCUUCAAACAAUAUUUCCGAAUCUUUGAAAAUUUUUGGUCUGAACGAAAAAGACCCAGCGGUCCUUGUUGUGGUUAUCAAUAAAGGCGAAACUAAUAACACGAGUUCAGUAAUUUCACUUAUCAAAGGCGAGCAAAUGCCGUUGACCAGAUUGCAAUCAAUCGCUGAUGAAAACAGAAUAAAGAAGGUUUACAAGAUUCCAGAAAGUGAAAUGACAUGUGGAUCAUUGACUGAUGCUGUAGUCACAAGGAUAGCAACGAAAGAUGCCAAUUAGAAAUCUAAAGCAAAGUCUUCAGUCAGAGUCUUCAUUAAUUAAAAAACAGUCUACAUGUUUUAAGCCAAGCAAAACGAACAUUCGCUUGAAAUGCACCUUCAUUCUUGGCAAGCAAAGUAGCGAUAAGUGCCAGUGACAGAUCUAAUUCUUGCUCGCUUUUAAAAAACAUCUUACUCGCCUAAGAAUACACAAUCAUGUUUUAUAAUAUCACGUU